CCUGCGCGGGGUGACAUCAGCCCCUGAGGACCCGAGAUGCCGAGCCUGGAUCUGGGAAGGCGGCUCCUGCCACCGCUUCCAGCUCCGCAUCCCGGCAGGGCAGGGAGGGGAGAGGGAGCCCAGCCCUGUGGCUGGACCCUGGGCCAGCUCCGUUCCCCCCUCCGCCCACCUCGGGUCCCCCCAAGCGGCGCGGUGGCCCUGGCCGGGUGCUCCCGGCGGGCGGGUGACCGAGGAUGCUGUGCUAGGAGAUGCCGAUGGUGCUCACCUUGCUCGUCUCCCUCUAUAAGCUUGGCCGGUUCUUCGCCAUGGCGGGUGCGGAGAGGCUGGUGGUGCCCGAGUGUGUGAGCCAGGCGGGGAGCUGGGCCGGGGGGGGCAGCUCCAGGGAGCACCGGGAGGUCUCCCCCGGGGUCAACAUGGAUGUGAGAGCAGCCCUGGACCGGAUCCUGCCCGCCCUGCACCAGACCAUCGCCUGCGCCAAGCAGGCAUCCAGCCCGGUGGAGCUGAGGAAGGCCAUCGCCGAGGUCUUCCAGCUGGUGGAGGAAGCCUGGGGGAUGCCCACGGUGGGGAGGGACGUGGCCAAAGUGCUGUGCGACACGAUCCGCCUGGAGGGGGGCCUGGACCUGCUGCUGAACCUGCUGUACACGGCGGAGCUGGAGACCAAGUGCCAGGCAGGAAGACUCCUGGAGCAGAUCCUGGUGGCAGAAAACAGGGAUCGGAUCGCUCGGAUCGGUCUGGGAGUGAUCCUGAACUUAGCCAAGGAGCGGGACGUUCCCCAGCUGGCGCAGAGUGUCUCCGGUAUCCUGGAGCACAUGUUCAAACACACCGAGGAGACCUGUUUCCAGCUCAUCUCUGAUGGAGGCCUGGAUGCUAUCCUCUACUGGUGCCGCUGGACGGACCCUGUCGUGCUGCGGCACUGUGCCAUGGCCUUGGCCAACUGUGCCAUGUACGGGGGGCAGGCCAACCAGCGCCUGAUGAUCGAGAAGAGGACAGCGGAGUGGCUUUUCCCACUGGUGUUCUCCAGGGACGACGAACUGAUCCGCCUGCACGCGUGCCUGGCCAUCACGGUGCUGGCCACCAACAAAGAAAUCGAGAAGGAGGUGGAGCGCUCGGGGACGCUGGCGCUGGUGGAGCCGUUCAUCGCCUCGCUGGACCCGGAGCAGUUUGCCUGUGAGAUGCUGGGCAGCAGCGACAACAGCCAGGGGAGGACGGCGGACGACCUGCAGCGGCUGGUGCCCUUGCUGGAUAGCUCGCGGCUGGAAGCGCAGUGCAUCGCCGCCUUCUACCUCUGCACGGAGGCUGCCAUCAAAACCAGGCAGAAGAAAACAAAGAUUUUCAGUGAGACUGGGGCUACGCAGAGCCUGAAGAGGGUCGUGUGUUACUCCACCAGCAGCACCACCUCCUCCCUGGCCAAAAAGGUGCUGCGCAUGAUAGGGGAGGAGGUUCCUCGGCGCAUCCUACCCACGGUUCCCAACUGGAAGCCCUGCGAGGUGCAGACGUGGCUGCAGCAGAUUGGAUUCAACAAGUAUUGCCAGAGUUUCCUGGACCACCAGGUCGAUGGGGACAUUCUCCUGAGACUGACGGAGGAGGAGCUGCAGGAGGAUUUGGGGAUGGAGUCCAGCAUCACUCGGAAGAGGUUUUUCCGGGAGCUGACGGAGCUGAAGACCUUCGCAAACUAUUCCACCUGCGACCGCAGCAACCUGGCCGACUGGCUGGGCAGCAUCGACCCCAAGUUUCGCCAGUACACCUACAACCUGCUGACGAGCGGCAUCAACCGCAACUUCUUGCACCGGGUGACGGAGCAGCAGCUGCAGGAGGACUGCCACAUCAACACGGGCUUCCACCGCGUCCGCAUCCUCACCGCUGCAAGGGAAAUGCUGCACUCCCCUAUAACGCUGCAAACUGCUUCCGAUGGGACUGAUGUGUUUAUCAGCUACCGGAGGAGCACCGGGUCACAGCUGGCCAGCCUGCUGAAGGUCCACCUGCAGCUGCACGGCUUCAGCGUGUUCAUCGACGUGGAGAAGCUGGAGGCAGGGAAGUUUGAGGACAAGCUGAUCCAGAGCGUCAUGAGCGCCCGCAAUUUUGUGCUGGUCCUCUCGCCAAACGCGCUGGAUAAAUGCAUGGGAGACCCCGAGUGCAAGGACUGGGUGCACAAGGAGAUUGUGACAGCCCUGAACUCUGGGAAGAACAUCGUACCUGUUACAGACCAUUUUGAGUGGCCGGACCCAGAAACGCUUCCCAAGGACAUGAGGGCCGUCCUGAAAUUUAAUGGUAUCAAGUGGUCCCACGAGUACCAGGAGGCCACGAUCGACAAAAUCAUCCGCUUUCUCCAGGGCCGUUCCUCCCGGGAUUCCUCGGCUGGGUCGGAGAAUGGCCUGGACUGCUUGCCCUCCCUGGGGCAGCCCUAGAACCAGCACCUCAUCCCCUCCAGAGACUUCCCAGGUGACCCCUUUUUUACGUGGGGCCAAAUUUCUCCCUCUAGAUUUCCCCCCCCCCAUCUUAGUACCUUUGGCUUGACGCGAGGCCUUGGCUCGUUAGACCCCCUCCACCCUCCAAAUGCAAGCUAAAAGGCCAGUACUCACUACGGUGCCUGGUGACCCAAGCCAGGGUGGACGAGUUGCCUUCCACCGUCCCUUGGGCUGGCAGGACGUGCAGGCUACGCCUCCCGCAACGCAGGUGGAGGGGGACCGACACCGUCCAGACCCUCGCAAAUGGCCGCAGCUUCCCCCAGAAGCAUGGCCGAAGAGGAGGGAUCUUCUGCGUGUACCAAAAGCUGGGGAACUGGCGAGGGGUACAUCGCAAGAGGACACGUGAAGGGGGAAGAGCAGCUUGAGAGGGAACGGUCCACAAGCAUCGUAUGGCCUCUGCUGGGUGCCACGGGAACGUCACUGCGGUCAGAAGCCGAGAGCAGGAAAGGGCAAAUAAAAGCUAAGCCCUAACGAAAUCCCCGUGUUUGGGAAAGAUAACACACAGAGGCUUCUAAACUGCUCAGCAGCAGCUUUCCCUUUCCCAGUAACGUCCCUUUAUCACAGGAGUUCGCUCCCUCCUCGAGGGCCUUUCACCUCCUCGUGCUGCGAAACCACUUUGUGCUCUUAACUCCGGUGAUUCAAGUUUGGGUUCGGAUCACGUAAAGUUUCGGCAGGGUCUCUGCGAAAAGUGCUUUUAAAACACCGCCGUUCCCUCCACCUGAUGUCCUGGCUUUGCCACUUUAUCAGGUUUACACUUACAGGGCACAGGAGGCUGGAGUGUGACUCUGGAAAACAUAUAUCCAUGCAGAUACGGAAGACGCUAAUUGCUGUACUGUACUCGUGGAGUUAUUCCACACUAGCUGUAUUUUAUUCUGUUGUUGGAGCUCCAGAGCAGAUCUGUGGCCCGUUCCUUCAAACGGCAUCUCUCACCACCGACAGCCCUGGCCAAGCUCCUCAGGCUGGGGGCUGUCCCUCCUCUCGGCUGGACGCAAUCCCAAGUACCAUUUGUUUCUUUCUACUGACCUCUCCUCAACACCCAACAGGGUCUUUUUGCAGCUACUCACCCCGAUAUAUCAGGAAGAAGCGAAGUGGAUGCAAAGGGCAGGCGGAGGUUGCUUGGUGCGAGCAGGACCCUCAGCUCCUGCUGCUGACCCUGCAGAGCAAAGCGGAUGAUGCAAAGUGACAUCCUUGUUCAGAGCAUGUGCAGGACGAAAAGCAAGCCAUGCCCGGGGAACACCAGCCUGCCCUGACGGCCUGGAGACCUGAUGCACCCCACUUCAGCAGAAGGAAGGUCCUUUGCCUGUCCCUGCCCAAGAGAACUCAACCCUUUCGGGAGGUAACGAGGGGUCGCAGCCACCUCGUCCUCAUCCUGGCUCUCCCCGAAGCCUCGCCGCUGCCUUAACUGGCCAGAACACAAACGCAUUUCCUUUUUGGCCUAGAUCCAUGAACAUUUGAGAAAAAAAAAAGUUAAAUUCAGGUGCUUAAUUACAGCUUUAUGGGUAGUUCUUAUCAGCUCACAGUUAAUGGCAUCUUUGCUCUCCAGUGAAAGGUUAAUAGCUGUAUCUGCCCAGCAUUCAUCAGAAAUAGAAUCUCUCUAAUCUCCAGAUUAAACACGGGAAACACGAGGCAGCCAGCAGAUGAGCCCAAAGGUGAGUCUGCCAGAGGGUGGAAGCCACUUGUGAGCUUCUUUGGGGAAAAGUCUUGAGUAACUGACUGAACGUCAGCGCCUCCACGGCCACUGAAGGAGUCCCACACAAACAGUCCUCAGGAUUUUUCUCCCUACAACAACACACAGCAAGACUAUUGCGUAUUGUUUUCCAGGAGCUGUCUAGCAAUUAACCUCCCCAUCCACCAUUCAACCUAGAGGAGAUUUACUCGUCCUCUACAGCUUAGGUGUCUCACCUGCAAUGAGAUCGCACCUCAUGCUCCAGCUGCCCAGACCGUGACUCUUCCCAUUUCCCCAUCAGUCAGUUAUCUUCACCUUAACGAACUCGCCCUGCUCUUGACAAAACAUCCCAGCCCCUUCCAGUUGGAGCAGAUGGUCUCAAGGAGAUGAAUCCUUCUGUUCUCGCCCUUCCUGAUUCCAUUGCUAUGUCAUGUCAGGAAGCGUUUGAAGUUGUUCUAUCAGAUAUUAUUAAUAAAUCUGGUUUAUACUCUAAAUCCCCACCUCUUUUCCGUUUGUGUCACACGCUUCUCUCCUGCAUCCCCAGGGACCCUCUACCUGCUGCCCACAGCCACGAUGCACGGAUCAUGUAUUUGCUUCACGGCUGUCGUUCUUGGUGGACGGCCUAGAAAAACUUUAAUUAUUUUUAAUAGAGCAUAAUAGCGCCUAUUGAAUUUCUCCUUUGCAAGCACACUGACACGACCGGGAAAGCAGAGCCAGGACACGAGUCUCACUUCACCGCACAACGCUGAGCAGCCGCUAGCAUUGGCGCCCAUGGAGUCUGCUGGUAGAGAAGACUUCACAAUCAGUUCAGCGACAAAGAUCUGAUGCAGGGCUCACAGCAUGCCCUGUUCCUCAGGGAGGCUAAUUCUGGGCUCAGCCCAUCAGUCAGACACGUAUCUCCUGCCUACGUCCACUGGCCUAACUACACACACCAAGGGGCGUAGCACCAAGUUCUUAAAGCCUCCCUGCUGCUCCACCUCCUGCUUCUCUGCUCCCCAAUUCUCCUGCUUUUAUCAGAAACCCCUAAUGAACAAUGCUGUAUAUAAGCAUUUAACAUCUACUGCCAAGCUUUGGCUGCUUGCCAAAAGGCAAGGAAGAAGUUCUGUACGCCGAGGGUGGUGAGACACUGGCCCAGGUUGCCCAGAGAGGUGGUGGAGGCCCCGUCCCUGGAGACAUUCAAGGCCAGGCUUGAUGAGCCUCUGAGCAACCUGAUCUGGUUAAAGAUGUCCCUGCCGACUGCAGGGGGGUUGGACUAGAUGGCCUUUAGAGGUCCCUUCCCACCCAACACGUUCUAUCAUUCUAUGACUCUAAGUCCCAAACCUGCAUUUUUCCUGACUCAGGACCCUCACGCGCUCAUUCCCCACAGGGCUGAUAAUUUCCUGCUGCCGCUUCUUCACUGCAGAGUCUCCAAUAAAAGAAGCGCCAUGAAAAUGCUGGAGAGGAGCAGAGAACGAGGCAAGGACAAAUGACAUAAACGGCUGUACGAGAAAAGCUAUCCUUUUAUGAACCAUAAAAGAGAAUGGAGGUUUUAUUCGUUCUGGAAGUAAUGUUAUCUGCUAAGCCAUUCCGCAGUUAAGGACAUUAUUGCACGCGGCUGAACAGCGCGUGCGAUGCAGUGUACGCAGAACGGCUGGUUUAUGGCAGCCUGAAGAGAGCAGGAUUGGGGCAAUACACUUAACGCUUUGAAAAGAACAAUUAUGGAUACCCAGCGCAUGGAGGUUUGCUUGCUGGCAUCAUCAUAUUCCCAGAAGGGCAGCAGAAAUGAAGUCACUGACACAAAAUGCUGCCUCGUACAACAACAACAAAAAAACCUGAUCUCCAAAGACACUAGUCCUGUCCCCACACCAGCCCGUCCCACCAGCGCUGGGUACUGAUGAGGAAGGACGGCUCCUGGCCCUGCCGUAAGCACACACGACACCCUAGGGACCACGUAUCACAGCUGGGGCCUCAAACGUACAGUGUAGAGACCAUCAGUUAGGGAGGCCCGAUUUUGUCCAUUUUAGCCUUAACUUCAUCAGUUUGGGCAACUGCCAAUCAAGGCACCGACUUGCACCUUAGUAUUCUUACACGAGCUCUUACUUCUCCAAAGGACCUUUGAAAUCCUGGGCCGGGGGCAGGACGCGCCGCUGGCACUGCUGACUACAAGCACUUCAUGCGUCAGACCCUCCCCCUGGGACACCUCUAACCCCCGAAGCUCGAGCCGGUUUAGUCCCUAAGGAUGGCGAUAGCACUCCUGUGCCAAACUACUGCUCAUCAGAAGGAUUUCCGCAGGAGCCCAGCCUGGCAUUCAACGUUUGUAUGACUUUUAUUGGCAGAUAAAAGACAGACCUUCCUCCUCGGCAGCACGCUGUUGGGUACCUCAGCUUCAGUCUUGCUCCGCAGGCUUUGCCAACAGCAUCUGCUGCACCCUGCAGUGCUCAGAGGGGAAGAUGUUUGGCAAUUAAACCAGGAUUCAGCUCUCUCUCGCCACUAAAAGCAUGCCACGGAUCCUUCCCCCCCGCCACCAAACCCCAAACCACUAACCAGCCCUGCAAAUGGCCAACAACAGCUUUUGCUCUCGAUUGGCUUUUGGGUCUCUUGGGUUUUCUCUGACAGAUGAGCCAACGCAAUGGCGAGGAGGCGUUCGCAUCUGCAAAUCGAG